AUGGAACGUGAUCCAAACGGCGGUCCAUCUGAGCACUCAAGUUGUUCAGAUGCUCGUCUUGUUCCAACUCUAGGAAGCUUUAGCUUUAUGGAAGAUGUGGCUAUAUAUUUGCAUAGCCAAGCGGUUAGCGAAGGAUGUCCAGUUUCUCUCGACCGAGUUCGUAGAAUAUUAAUUGAGGGUUCUCAGCCUGCUGCAGGGAGGCUUUUGAGUGAAGCGACUCGGAAUGAGUUUCCCAAGGAAAGGAGCUUACAGCUGAAGUUCUUGGGAAAUAAAGUAGCCGAUGCUGUGACAGGGGGGGAGCUUAAAGGGUUAAAAGAUGUGUGCCUGAAGUUGGCUCUGCUUGAUUCGAACGAGCAUACUGUGACCUGUGGCCCUGGAUCUUCUGCAAAGGUAUUAAGUUGGGACACAAAAAAGACUGGAUCAAGUUGUGCAUCUGCAGGCUGGGAGCGAGGAUUGGGCAGAAUCUUGAAGGAACCACUGUGCAAGAAGCAUGGACCGCACAUUGAGGUCAGAGAUAAGCGCCACAAACAGUAUGGCAAAUUUCCCUGUCCAUAUCUUACUUCUGAAGUUUGGAGAUUGAAGGGAAUUGACAGGACUGGCAAGCGCCGUGAUAGGCUGAAAAAGAAAUACAUUGAAACUGUGCAAGAUUUUUUGUUUUGGCUCCAUGUCAAUCCUGAUGAGCUGCAAAACACAAUAUUAGAUGUCGGUGAUGGCAUAUGGGAGACGAUAAAGAGUCAUGCUCAGAAGUGCAAAAUUGAUUGUGAAAAGAUGUUUUGUCACAAAUCAUCGACUGAACCUCAAAGAUGUGUUAUUUAUGAUUGUGUGGGAAAACUCAAGGGGGAAAUGAUAGAGUCCCAGUUUGUUGGGAUUGAUAAUCUGUCUGCUGAUAGAAAGGAUGAUGCACUCAAGAUACUGAGAUCUGUAUUAGAAAGAGCAUCUGUGUUAUAUGACGCUAAAAAUGAGUUUACAUACCCAAUCACAAGGGCCAAAUGUGAUUAUGAGACUCUUGGAUCAAAAGAAAGAGGAGUGGUAUUCAAUACUGAUUCUCAACUCACCCCUCUUGAUACCUCAGUUUAUGAGGAUUUGGAGGAUUUAGAAAUAGGCUUCGAGAUUCAACAUUUUUUUCCAGGAGAUGAGCAAUUUAGUGGAAAGUGGAUGCAGCAGGGGAGUGCAGCAGGUGGCGAGAUGGAGGCAGUUGGAGGUUCAAAGGAAGGCUCAAAGUCUGCAUUAACAGUGGAUCAGCAGUUGGUUUAUGGUAUUGAUUUCAACUGCGACUACCCUGGAAGCCCAAACCCCAUGUGGUGUUAUAUUCCCGAUAUUCUGAGUGCUCAGGUUGCUAAUCCGCCAACCAAGUGGUGGAAGAAACUCUCCAGUCUAUGGUUCUCAUUGAGUGAAUGGAUGUUUUAUUGUGCUGCUCGUACUUGCAAGUGCAAGAGGAGGAGACUUGCCUAAUAAUCCUAUUCAUUCUUGCCACUUCGAUUCUGUGUCUUUGGAUAGAGGGAAGUGGUUUCAUGGCUAUAUCGAUAGUACUCGUGGUUUACAAAGAUCUAAUACUAUGACUGCACUCAUUGAUAUGUAUGCCAAGUGUGGGACAAUUGAUUGUGCAUAUUGAGUUUUUGACACGAAAGGAGACAUUCACAACUAUACUAGUGUGAUAUCAGGUUCUCAAUGGAUGCAAAACAUUCAGGUGUUGUGUAGCAGGGCUCAUCAAUGUUUUACAGCAUGGAGAGUUUGUGGGGAUCGUGCCUAAGAUUGAGCACUAUGGCUUUAAGUUGAUAUGCCUGGCCGGUUGGGUAUCUGGCAAAGGAUUUUGGAAUAGCCAAGAGCAUGCCUACGAAUCCAGAUGUGGUUGUAUGGAGGGCUUUAUUCAGUGCCUGCAGAAUUCAUUCCAAUCAUAGUUUUGGAGAGCGCAUAAUUACUUGUUUUGAGUAACUCGACUGUGGUAGAUAUCGGAUGUUGCUGGAUAGAGAUAGAUAGAUAGAUAGUGUUGUUCAUGAGUUCAGAGUUGCUGAUGUAUUUCAUCCUCAGAUAGCUGAGAUUUGAGAGAAGGCUUUAAAAAGAGUAGGGCUAGUUGGUUAUGCUGCUGACGUCACACACAUCUCGUUUGCUUCUAUUCGAAUAAUGAAGAAUCUGAGGACAUGUGAGGACUGCCUUGCAGUUCUCAAGGCCAUCCCAAAUUUUGUGAUAGAGAAAUCAUAGUUAAGGAUCGCGCUUGUUUCCACACUUUCAAAGAAGACAAGUUUUCGUGUAAGGACUACUAGUGGUCAGCUAUCUAACAUCAGAAAUUUAGUAAUGUUGUACAUAAGGUAGUCAAAUCUACUUCAUUCUGAUGGAUUUUUUGAAUCAUAUGUGCUUCACAAUCUAUCUUGUCUGCAGAGCCAGAGAAGCAAAUCAAAUCAACAACUUCAGCAAGAUGAUGCUAUGGAGUUGUUUGGAACAUCUGCAACAACGUUCAGUCAAUCCAGAAAACGGUAUCUUGAGCAGUUCCCAAAGGUAGGUUAAAAAACAUUAUCACUACAUUGAGUUGGCUCUUGAGAUUUUGUGCUUUUUCAUUGAAGAAUGUUAUGACUAGAAACACAUUCUGGUCUCUGUCGAUGAACUCAAUGAAGAUAAGAUGUUUAAAGAUUGUGACAGCCAAAUUUUAUUAUGCUAUCAUAUGCCUUGGAUUUUACCUUUUUAUUCCAUUUGUACUAUAUUAGCCUUGAUCGUGAGUAGGAAGCUUAUCUGCUAUAGGCGAUGAAGUCAGUGUAGAUAAUCUAUUUAAAUUUCUUAUUUUAAGACUGUGACAUGCGAAUGUCAUAACCCAGAUAUUUUGUUUAUUUUUUCCUUUAUCUUGUUUCGUAUUUUAAUUAUUUUGAAUGAUAGUGAUAUCAUACCAAUCAAUAUGGUGAACACUGUCCAUUGAAUUUCAUUAUGAAAUAGCCACAUUCACUGUUA